AAAAAUAUACAACCAGAUGUAAAUUAAUUAAUUCUCCGUAUAUAUAAACCAAGAAGUCCUCUUCUUCAUCUUCUUAUUUUCCGCCUGCUCCAGCAUUGCGCUACCCUCUCCUCUCCGCGCUUCCAACACCAGGAAGAGCGAAAGCGUGAAAGUUGCUCCGAACCAGACGCAAUCUCAUCGCAUAUGCAUGUUUGAUUGUUCCAGUGGAGAAGAAAGAAGAGAUGAAGAGAGAAAGAGAAACGAAAACCAAUAACAGGGGAUUAACCACAAGUGACGCCCUGCAUUACCUCAAAACCGUGAGGAACAUUUUUCAUGACAAUGUAGGCAAGUAUGAGACUUUCCUUGAGGUCAUGAGGGACUUUAAAGCUCAAAGAGUCGACACUGCUGGUGUCAUUGAAAGAAUUAAAGAUUUGUUCAAGGGGUACAACGACCUACUCCUGGGUUUUAAUACUUUCUUGCCCAAAGACCAUACAAUAACCCUUUCGCCUGAGGAAGAGAAGCCUAAAAACAAGGUGGAUUACAACGAUGCUAUCAGUUUUGUCACCAAGAUUAAGGCGAGGUUUGGUGGUGAUGAAGAUGCCUAUAAAAGUUUUCUAGACAUCUUGAACAUGUACCGAAAGGAUAAAAAGUCCAUCACUGAGGUCUACAAAGAGGUUACUUUGCUGUUCAAGGGUCAUGAAGAUCUGCUGGUAGAGUUCGUUAAUUUCUUACCUAGUUGUUCAGAAUCUACUUCUACGAAGAAUGCAGUACCGCUUCGGAAGAGAAUAAAACGAGAGCGUAAGCUCGAAUAUGAGUCUGAACACUCUGAUCAACGAGAAGAUGGUGAUGAGAACCUUGUCGCUUGCCCCGCUGGUAAUUCCCUGGGAAACUCCCUUGUUAAAAAAGAAGGCCAGCGAGCCUAUUUGAAGGCAGAAGACAAUGGGGGAAUUAGAGAAGAGAGUGAAAGAGAUACAGAUAGAACUGAUAAAAGUGCAGAGGCUGGCAGUAUUGAUACUGGAAAUCAAAAAAGUUCACCAUCUGCUUCGAAGUAUGUGGGAGUACCUAUAAAUGAACUUGAUCUUUCCGAGUGCGUUCAGUGUACGCCAAGUUAUCGGCUCCUUCCAAAGGAUUAUCCAGUUGAGAUUCCAAGGUACAGGAAUGCACUUGGUAAAAAGAUACUUAAUGACCACCUGGUAUCCGUCACCUCAGGGAGUGAAGAUUACUCCUUCAGUCAUAUGCGCAAAAACCAGUAUGAAGAAAGCUUGUUUCGGUGUGAGGAUGACAGGUAUGAAAUGGACAUGUUACUAGGAUCUGUAAGUUCAGCUAUCAAACACGUGGAGAUCCUUCUGGAAAAGAUCAACAACAAUACAAUCUCUACGGACACGAUAUGCAUUGAAAAACAUUUAUCACCUAUGAACUUACGAUGCAUUGAGCGGCUAUACGGUGAUAAUGGGCUUGAUGUCAUGGAUCUUAUGAAGAAGAAUUUGCAUAGCGCUUUACCGGUGAUACUAACGCGCUUGAAGCAGAAGCAAGAAGAAUGGGCAAGGUGCCACUCUGAUUUCCAGAAAGUUUGGGCUGAAGUGUAUGCCAAGAAUCACCAUAAGUCACUGGAUCAUCGUAGUUUCUAUUUCAAGCAGCAGGACGCCAAGAACUUGAGCACAAAAUGUUUAGUGGCAGAGAUAAAAGAUAUCAGUGAGAAAAAGCAUCAAGAAGAUCUGCUUCAAGCUAUCUCUGUCAGAACUAUGCCUUCUUUUACUCCGGAUUUGGAGUUCAAUUAUUGUGAUACACAAAUUCACGAAGACCUGUAUCUGUUAAUCAAGUACUACUGUGAAGAACUGUGCACGACUGAACAAGCAGAUAAAGUAAUGAAUCUGUGGACAACCUUUUUGGAGCCCAUGUUCGGCAUUGUUUCGAGGAGUCAAGGUAACCUGGCGAUGGACGAAGAGUUAAAAAGCAACAACCAAGAAUUGCAAGAUGGAUGUGUGGCAGUGAAGGACAGCGCUUCUGGGUCAAACCGUAAAAAGCAUCCAAGAUCCCCGGAAAAGCUGAAGAAGGAUAAUCCAGCAGUGCAAGGCAGCUCUCCUGGGAAAGAUGUGUCUUCCAAUAUAGUGAAAACAGUUAAGCACGAUAAACAGCAAGAUGAUGAAGCAUUGACUAAUGAGCUUAUCCAGUCGUCGAAGCUGGUGUCCCCAAGAAACGAUCAGAUAACUGAAAAUGUAGAGAUUCGUAAGGCUAAGGAAGUAUCAGUUGAGGUUGAGCGGGAAGAGGGUGAAUUAUCUCCCACAGGCACUUGUGAGGUGGCUAAUGGACCCGAAGGUGAAGAUGGAUCCUCCGCAUUUUCAGAAAGGUUUCUGGAAACUAUAAAACCUGUUGCCAAUCAUGUGCCUGGGCCAUUGAAAGCUACUGAAACUGGCUCCCAGAAUGAUUCUCGAGUUUUCUACGGGAAUGAUUCCUGUUAUGUGCUAUUUAGGUUUCAUCAAAUGUUGUACGAGAGGAUGCAAUCAGCAAAGAAACAGGCAGAAAAGAAGGGGAAGGCUCCAGAUAACACAACUCCUGAUUCUUAUUCAAGGUUCAUGGAUGCACUCUAUAAUUUACUUGACGGCUCUAGUGACAAUACAAAGUAUGAAGAUGAGUGCCGCUCUGCUUUUGGUGCACAGUCCUAUGUUCUUUUCACAUUGGACAAGCUAGUUCAGAAGCUUGUUAAGCAGCUCCACGCCGUUGCAUCUGAUGAGACAGACACCAAGCUUGUGCAACUAGACGCAUAUGAGAACUGCAGAAAGAAGGGAAGAUUCUUUGAUCUAGUGUAUCAUGAGAAUGCACGUGCCAUUCUCCACGACGCAAACAUAUACCGGAUCAGAUAUUCGUCGGUGGAAACUACUCUCUCGAUUCAGCUUAUGAACAGUCAUCCUGAAGUAACGGGUACAGCGAUGGAUCCAGGUUUUGCAGACUAUCUGCAAAAUGAUUUUCUGACAUCGGUCAAUGAUGAAGAGAAGCACGGAGUGUUUCUGAAAAGGAACAAGGAGAAACUCACCGGUAUAGAUGAAUCUUCGGGGAUGCUUGUUGCAAUGGAAGGAUUAAAUGUUAUAAACGGGAUUGAAGCUAAGAUGGCUUGCAGUACUUCAAAGGUGAAGUAUAUAGCAAACACAUCAGAUCUUUUGUACAGAAGCAAGCAGAGGAAACGGAACCCAAUGGGACAGAGGCUUAAAAGAAUCAGCGAAAUCUCAAAACAGAGGAGAAUAUCGCGGUUUCACAUUAUGCUCAAUUGCAAAACCAUGGCCUUGCCGUCUCUAUAAGCACGUGUUAGUGCUGAGGUUCUUAGUGGCAAAGGUUCUUUGACUCUUAUUAGAGAUUAUGCAAAGUUUUGGUGGUGUAGGUGUGAUCAUCAUAUGGCUCAUGAUUCAUCACUACGCAACCUUUUUGUUUCCGCCAGUUUUGGACCUUUUGGUGUAUAGUUUUUAUUAGAAUAUUAUAUUGUAUGAUACGAAAGUUUGCAACAUCGGGGAGUAGUAAUUUCUACAUUCAACAACUCUUUCAUUUCAUGUUUAUUAGUCUUAAAAAGAAGAUCUCCUAUAUCA